AAGCAACAUUCUCCCACACCACCUACUGAAACAAAAAGAGCACAUUUCACUUCCAAUGGCUUCCCAUCAAGCUUUUUCAUCGUUCCUUUUCCUUCUCUGUCUCCUUCAAUCCAUUCGAGUCGGCUACCCGGCGACGUUCACCAUCGCAAACAAUUGCACCACCACCAUAUGGCCGGCCAUUCUGUCUAAUGGCGGGACUGACCAGCGACCGGUCACCACCGGAUUCGCUUUGGCUCCUGGAGAGUCCAACACGUUUUCGGUCCCCACCUCGUGGUCCGGUAGGUUGUGGGGGCGAACGCUCUGCUCCCAGGACUCAACCACGGGCAACUUCUCUUGCUUGACAGGCGACUGCGGAUCUUCUGCAGUCGAAUGUGCUGGCGGUGGGGCCGCGCCGCCGGCUACUCUCGCAGAGUUCACGCUGAACGGUACGGGCGGGCUUGAUUUCUACGCCGUGAGCUUGAUCGAUGGGUAUAACCUUCCCAUUUUGGUGGUGGCCGACGGCGGGACCGGAGGGAACUGCAGGACCACCGGGUGCGUUGUGGACUUGAACAAGGGGUGCCCCUCGGAGCUGAAGGUGACGGCGAGUGAGGAGGGAGUGGCGUGUAAAAGCGCGUGCGAGGCGUUUGGGGAGCCGCAGUACUGCUGUAGCGGCCCCUACGCUAUGCCGGACACAUGCAUGCCGAGUUCUUACUCCCAAUUUUUUAAAACUGGGUGCCCGAAAGCUUACAUCUAUGCGUAUGACGACGGCACAAGCACCUUCACCUGUGCUUCCGCCAAUUACAUCAUCACUUUUUGCCCUGCUCCUUGGAUUAGGUAACCAUUUUCACUAUUGAUGAGUAAGUUAUGAUCUCAACUGUAAGAAAUAAAUCGAAGAUUGCGAUGCCGUUGUUGUUUUGGUACAAAGUACUCCGAUGAUCAAGUUAAUAAAAUAAGAACCAUUUUUGUACAUA